AAAAGGAAUGGUUGGCAAGUAAAUAAAAUGGCUUUUGUUCGUGCCAGUGGGAGUGACGUUUCAAACAAAUUUUUAGAAAUAUUACAAAAUGAUUUAAAAAAUCUAUCAAUUGAAACCAAGAAAAAAUUUCCACAAAUAAAAGAAUCUUGUGAAGAAGGGAUAAUUAAACUUCGAAAUGGAGCGACAAACCCUCAAACACCGAUAUUUUACCUUGUUAAUCAAAUAUUAUAUCCUGUUGUUCAAGGAUGUGAAACUAAAGACCAAAGAAUUGUCAAGAUGUGCCUUGGGAUCAUACAGAGGUUGAUUACAAACCAGGUAGUGGACCAGAAGGGAGCACGUUACAUAACAGACACGUUCUGGAUGCUCAUGGAGUCUGGGACAGAAGAAGUGAAGAUCCUGCAGUCUGUUACUUUAUUACUUACAACAAAUGCAGUUGUUCAUGGAGACACAUUGGCACGGAACCUUGUGCUUUGUUUUCGUCUGCAUUUUACGAAGGACUCCACGACAAUAAACACUGCAGGUGCUACAGUCAGACAGCUUGUAUCACUGGUAUUUGAAAGAGUUAUAGCUGAAGAUGAGCACUUUAAGACUCAAGACACUUCACCCCAGGAAGUUAACUUUGAAGAGCUCAAAGUGCCCAGAAACAUAUCUCCCAAGGGCCUACGCCCCUGUGCUGGUGAUGCCUACCUUAUGUUCCAGGAUCUUGUGCAGCUAGUAAAUGCCGACCAACCAUAUUGGUUAAUAGGAAUGACUGAAAUGACCAGAACAUUUGGUUUAGAACUUUUGGAAUCUGUUCUUACAAAUUUUUCUUCAGUAUUUUUUAAGCAUCCAGAAUUCAGCUUCCUCCUGAAAGAACGUGUUUGUGCACUUGUAAUUAAGCUAUUCUCACCCAAUAUCAAGUACCGUAGUUCGAUGCCAGCCAGUGUACAGCAGGCCACUCCUUUGGAUAAGCCUUACUUCCCCAUCAGUGUGCGAUUGUUGCGAGUAGUCUCUGUGCUCAUACAGAAAUACCACAGUUUACUGAUAACGGAGUGUGAAAUAUUCCUGUCACUGAUCGUUAAGUUCUUGGAUCCAGAUAAACCGAUGUGGCAACGUUCAUUAGCUUUGGAAGUGUUACACAAGUUGGUAGUACAACCGGAACUGCUCAAUGCUUUUUGUGAGUGUUACGAUCUCAAAACGCACACCACAAACAUCUUCCAGGACAUCGUUAACUCCCUAGGAGCCUAUGUUCAGUCUCUGUUUGUCAAUCCUCAGCUUAUGGGUCAGUCGUCAAUCAGCGGAAGCAACAGCACCAAUGCUCAGGGUCAGCCACCCGCCCUGCUAGCUGGCAUGCCUGUAGGCCCUGGGGUCUCACCACAACCAGGCUUCUUUUCCCGAGGUGUUUGGCUUCCUGUUAUCAUAACCUUCCCCAGUGGCCAAGCCAAAUCUACGUACCUGGAAAUGAUGGAUAAGGUAGAACCGCCCACAAUCCCAGAUGGAUACGGAAUCUCUGUGGCCUAUGCUUGCUUGCUGGACAUUAUCCGCAGUAUCUCCAUGCUUGUCAACAGUGUAGAGGGCAGCCCGGGGAGCAGUGAUAACAAUGAUAAUCGGCUCAACACUCAACUCAUCAAUUCAAGCUGGUGUGGACUGCUAGCAGCCCUUAGUCCUCUGAUAGAUGCCAGUACGGAUGAAACAACCUCAGAAAAUGUGUUGAAAGCAAUCCAAACUUUUGCUAGCAUUUGUGGCCGGCUCGAGCUACAGACCCCUCGUGAUGCCUUCAUCACUGCUAUCUGCAAGGCUUCUCUACCUCCCCACUACACACUCACUGUGCUCAAUGCAGUCCAUCUGGGUGUUGGUUAUCGCAACUCAGGAUCACCAGAUAUGAACAUGCAAUACAACAUGGGGAUGUACGGCAACGAGAUGGACUACAAACAGCAAGUGGUUGCAGUGGGAACCCCUCUACCUACAACAUCUCUACCUCUUGGAGCUCAUCAGGGACCUGUGAUGUUAACUGCCAAGAAUUUGCAGUGUAUGAGAGCUCUGUUGAGCUUGGCUCAUUGUCAUGGUAGCAUCCUAGGCACAUCCUGGCAUCUUGUUCUCACCACACUACAGCACCUUGUAUGGAUUUUGGGACUGAAACCAUCAACAGGAGGCAGUCUGAAGGCCGGAAGAGGUACCACAGAUUCAAAUGCUGUAAUCACCACAGCAGUAAUGGCUGACCUGCCAGUGCUCUCUGCGAUGCUCAGCAGAUUAUUUGAAUCCAGCCAGUUUCUAAACGAUGUUGCUUUACACCAUCUCAUCGAUGCUUUAUGCAAACUCUCUCAUGAAGCCAUGGAGUUAGCCUAUUGCAAUAGGGAGCCAUCAUUGUUUGCUGUAGCUAAGCUACUGGAGACGGGACUGGUGAACCUGCUGCGAGUAGAGGUAUUGUGGAGACCUCUGACCAACCACCUGCUAGAGGUCUGCCAGCAUCCACACAUCCGCAUGCGAGAGUGGGGUGUCGAGGCUAUCACGUAUCUUGUCAAGGCGGCUCUGCAACACAAGUACCAGCCUCCUCUCAAGGAGAAUCAGAAACUCCAGACCUUGCUGCUGGGGCCUCUGUCGGAGCUGUCAUCAGUGCCUCACGGAGAUGUCCGUCAGCGACAGCUAGAGUGUGUGUUACAAGUGCUUCAUGGUUCUGGAGAGACUUUGUCCCAUGGUUGGCCCCUUGUACUCACCAUCAUCGGAGCAGUCAACGACCAACACGGGGAAAACCUGAUAAGAGUAGCCUUCCAGUGCCUUCAGCUGGUUGUAACAGACUUUCUGCCUCUGAUGCCUUGGAGGUGCUUGCCUUUGUGUCUGGAGACCACAUCAAAGUUUGGCUCUCAAACUCAGGAACUCAACAUUUCCCUCACUGCCAUUGGUCUAAUGUGGAACAUCUCCGACUACUUCUAUCAGAACAAAGAGAAACUGUUUCAGUCCUUGCAAGGGGACACUUCUGCAUUUCCUGAUUUUCCAGGCACUCAAGAUCUCCCACCCUUUGAUCGCCUCUGGAUGUGUCUAUACACUAGAUUAGGUCACUUGUGUGUGGACUCUAGGCCAGCAGUUCGAAAGUCUGCUGGACAAACCUUGUUCUCUACAAUUUCUGCCCAUGGAGGUCUUUUGAGCCAACCAACCUGGCAGGCUGUAUUAUGGCAGGUAUUGUUCCCACUACUGGACAAGGUACGCAGAUUAUCAAAUUCAGCAAGCAGUGAGAAGGUGGACACAGGUGGUAAUAUACUGAUACACCACUCACGUAACACUGCUCAGAAACAAUGGGCAGAAACUCAGGUGAUGAGCCUUUCAGGGGUAGCUCGAGUAUUCAAUAACAAACGGCAGCUACUGCAGACUCUUGGAGACUUUCCCCGUGCUUGGUCUCUGCUGCUUGAGUUCAUUGAGAAUUCUGCUCUCAGCAAAAACAAUGAGGUAUCUCUCGCAGCUCUCAGGUCAUUCCAGGAAGUCCUCUACCAGAGUGAUGGAGAUGAGGGAUCAGAUGGAGGGGAGAUGUGGAGUGUUGCUUGGAGAGUUUGGCUCAAGAUCGCUCUUGAGUGUCGGGUUGACUCAGAAGACACAGCUUAUUUGCCCUCCCAACCAUUCCUUACAGCUUUGGUUCACAUGUUCCCAGCAGUAUUUCAACACAUUAGGCACAGGUUUUCCAGCAGUGAUCUUGAGAAAUUGUGUGGGGUGCUAGAAACUGCUGUUUCUAUUCCAGUCCUUGGAGAAGUUUCCCCAUUCAUUUUACCAACAGAUACAUCUCUCACUCAACUUCAAGAAGGAGUUUUACAUUCCAUUGAUCUCUUAAUUAAGGAAGCCUUAACAAGCCAUGAGAACAUGAAGAAAAUGAUCUGUCCAGUUUUUAAAGAACUCAUGGUUCUCAGCAAGUUCGCUUAUCAACCACCCACGCUUGAGAAGUUUGAUGAAAAACUCCAGGAUGACUGGGUGGUGAUGAAUUACAUUCCUUUUGGAGAAAAAGCCAUGUCUCUAACAGUAAAUCUCUAUUUGAAAACGGCUCAUGAAACACCAGUAGUUGAAGGAAAGAUUUUACAAAGUAUAUUAGAAAUGCUGUAUGGACCACUAACCCGUCGGUACGAUCGCUCUCACCAGUCGACAUGGAAGCUAGCUGUGGCCAGUCUCAUGACUGUACUAACAACUGGCAUCCCACUGGCUCGCAAGCACUAUCAACUGUUUGAGGACAUGUGGCCUCAACUUGCCCUGGUCCUUGAUGAAGUACUCUUUCCUAAAAGUUCACCUCCUCUCGACCAAACACCAGAUGAAGUUCUAGAAGAGGAAUCUGUUGAUUGUCAAGUAAUUGACCUGCUUAAAGAGGAAGUUCUCUCACACUCCAACUCUAUACCUAAGGAGUUCAUCCUUAAAGUGGUCGUUCUUCUCAACAAAGGCUCAAUAUUAUCAACUACUCAUUUAUCCUAUAUAGGAUCGGAGAAUGAUUCUAGUCUGCGAGAAGAACUAGCAAAGAUGUGUUUUGAAACACUCCUGCAGUUUUCCUUGCUAGAAGGGUUGGAAGGGGAGGAGGAGCUAGGGGAAGAAGGACUGGCAGGGCGACUGGCUGUCACUGCCCUUUUACACAGGUUCCAACAAGUCCUGCACCAGUAUGUUCAAGAUGAAGCACGCAGUGGAAAAUGUCCCCUUCCCAGGUUAGUUUCGGGGUUAGAGGGGGAGAGGGAGAAAGAGAGACAGACCAGCCUAGCCGGUGUGCACAAGCCAGGACCUCAAUCCUCCCAUCACAUAUACAGAUUGUCAGAAAUAUCAUUUGUGUUAAAAGCUGUUGCAACUCUCAUCAUUUCACUCAAGAAAUCUCCUGAAAAAGUGAGUCGCAGUGUAUGGGAUCAACUGAUCAAACUGUAUCCCUGUCUGGUGGAUUGUACAGCUACAUCGUCAGCGCAAGUAUCUGAUUCACUGCGCCAAGCCUUACUCCAGUAUUGCGACCUGCUACAGCCCCCUACCCCUACCCCCCACCCUGCCAAUGGUAGAGACUCAUGGCAGUGAUACCUCCCCAACCACUUGUAAGUGCCUAUCGCCUCUUCCCAUUCCACUGUCUGACAGAACUGUUAACCAUUCACUCUUGUUAUUCAGUGUUCAUUUUGUAUUUUUGUAAAAUGUUCUCCUCAACUUCACAUUGUGAAAUUUACAUAAAAAAGUAAAUUUAAUGUUCUAUCCCUAAAAUGGGUUUCAUAUAAAUUUAUAAGCGUAAAGAUUUAAAAUACCAGAUGCAUGCAAUUUGAAUGUAAGUUUAGCUUAAUUUAGUGUGCUGUUUGUUUAGCAUGUAAGAAAAACAUAUUUAUUUUGUGAAAGUUAUGGCAUAGUUCUGUGUUGAUACAUCUAAUAGUUUGGAAUUAUCAGACAUAGUUAAUAUUACUUGUUCUAUUACUUUAUGUUACUUGAAAGAUUAUAUACUUUAUUAAAAACAAAAGAAAAUAUAUAUUUAGUAAGUUGAAAAAGCACUAUCUUAAUUUAUUUAGAUAUUAAUUAAUAAUAAACUCUAGUUACAAUAUUUAAACUCUUAUAUACCACAGAUCGGACUAUAAAUAUUUCCAAGUUAAUUUGAUUAACUUUUAAUUGUAGUUCUUUAAACUCAAAUUGAAGUGAUCCAUGACACCAUUUCUGUUCACUCUUUUUCUUUGUCAUGUUUUACAUUCCUUCAUUUCCCAUAAUUUUGCUGGUAAGUGGUUUACGUUUCUAAUCUUAGAGUCACUCCUAUCAGAUUGUAUAAUGAACAUUGUAAACACAGCGCAUCUCACUCUACCUUUUAUUUAUUCCCAUGGUCAUUUUCAAUCAAUUUACAUAAGAGCCAAUGGUGUAUUUGUUAAGAAUGCGUAAGUGUGUAAACACUGUAAAAUGGCACUUAAUAAUUUGAAAUUAUUUCACUAUUUUAAAAACAGUUAAUUUUAAGUCUGCCAAAUUCCUAAGAGUAAUCUUACUUUUUAAUAGAUUUUCAGGAUAUCUUAAAAAGUAAAACAUAGUAUAUACUAUACUCCAUAAUAUAAUGCUGUUAUGUUGUAUUUCAUGAUUUAAAUUUCUUAAGCUAAAAUAUUUCAUUAUUUUUUAAACUGUUGUGGGGAAAAUUUCUAGAGUUUCUUUUCCUCCUAGUUUUUUAUUGUAUUUCUCUAAAAAAAUAAAUCAUACACAUUUCAAAUCAUCAUAGGCAUUUUUAUAAAUUUCUGAGUAUGUUGGAAAAUUUUUAAUAAAAAUAUUAUUUAUCAAGUUAUCAAUUUGAAAUUACAUUUGUAAAGAUAUUUUUUUGAUUACUGAAUGUUAUUGUAUUAUUUUCAAAACUUUGUAUGCUCACUAUCUUGAAUCUUAUGAGAUAUAAUAAAAGUCAUGUAAAUAUAAACAAAACAAAUAUAAACAUUGUUGUAAAUGACCUGAGCCUAUUAAAAAGGCUUUUUAUUUUAGUCUGCGAUAUGUAAUAACUGAUAUAAUCAUACAUUUCCAAACUUUUAAUGGCCACCAUUAUAAAACCUUAAAAAAUAUAUAAAAACGAACUAGUACAAAAGUUACUUAAAAAUGUUUAUAAUUUUUUAACGUGUCACUUUUGGUUUUUGUUAUGAAGUACUCAAGAUAAAAAUUUAGCACAAAUGUGAAUGACUGUCAUUUUGAAAUUUUUUUAAAGACUGGCUAACAAACUUAUCCAAGUUAUGUGCAAAUACUCUCUGUCCAAGUUUAAUCUGACUAAUAAAAAUUAUGGUAGUUAUGCUCACUAGCCCGAAUAAUAUUGUAUAAGCUCAUUCAAAUAUAUAAAUGUUCAGAUUACGGUAGUUUUACGUAUUCAGAGACAUAUUUGAAUAAAAUGCAAAAAAUAUCUCAGAAAUCUGUCAUAAGAGUUAUUUCUACAGGCAGAUUUAUGUUAAAUAUAUCUAAAAGCAAAAAUAUUUUGUUAUUACAUAAUGUUAUGUGACUGGGUAGGUACAUUACUUGUUAACCACGCAUAUCACAGUGUUUUUGUUGUAAUCCAGGAGAGACAAUCUUUUACAUUGAUAAAUUCAUACAGUCGUUAUUUGGCAUUAAGGGAGGAAAGUAUCAUCUUGAAAGAAGUUUGGUUGCAUAAUGCGAAACAUAGAGUAGCAGUUCUCCUGAGUAUGAUCAGGUACUUCCCUCCUAUCACACACUCACAAACAAUUUAUCUUUUGCUUAGUCUUAAUAAAUAAACUAUAUAUUCUGCAUUAAAUUUUGUAUAUACCUAUUUUCAGAAUCACUAACAUUAUGAAUAACACUGAUCUCUACCAUAACCUCAACAUCCAAAUUGUUUUUGUUUUUAUCAAUCUUCCUAAUAAUAGUAAAAUAAUUGUUUUAUUUUACUCCUUGUUUCUAGAGGAAUUAAAUUGAUAUUUCCAUAGCAGGCAAAGAACAAAUGUAUGCCUAAGCUAAAAAAUUACAUAUUAUCAAUUAGGUACAGUGAAAAGUACAAGUCAAAAGUCUUAAAUUAAAAUAAAAAAUAAAAUAAUAAGUUGUUAGUAAUGCUAGAUAAGAUUUCUUCAACAGAGUAGAAGGAAUUUUGCUUCAGCCACCUUAAAAUAACAUUUUUAAGCUUUUUAUUACUAAUAUUCCCACAACCUAAUGGAAUAUUAUACUAUGGAAUGUUCAUUAUACUAAAAAGAGGUUCAGCUCCUGUUUUUAAAUUUGACAAAAAUGGGAUUGAUUGAUUGUUUUUGUUUACUCUUGAUAAGCUUCAAUUUGAUUUCAUAGGGUUAGACAAGAACAUACAUUUUGUAUAAUCAAAAUUAAUCUUAACAGCAUUAUUAACGAGUAUUAAAUACUGUGAUUGAUACAUUGAUAAAAUCUACAUUAUCAAUGCUAAAAAUAUCAACAAAAAAUAUGCAUUAUUGUUUUAUUAUGCUUGAAAUUAUAUAGCAAACUUAGAGAUACAAAAAAACUUUCAAACAUUAACUUCAAUAACAAACUAAUAUAAUACUGUUGGUUAAUCUGUGAAUGAGGAGUGUUUCAAUUUUGUAUAACAUUUUGAUUGCUACUUUUAACAUAUAAAUUACACAAUUUUUCGUACUUGUAUUAUAUUGUAAUUGUAUGCACACCAUAUGUUUGGUGUGACCAAUACAUUUGAUUAAGCAUAAUAUCAAUAAGCACUAUUUAAAUUCAUUAAAGUGACAUGUUUUUAUAGUCUUGUUGAAAAUGGAAUAGUUGUAGAACAUAAUAAAGUAUUUUUGUGUUGAUACCUAUGUGAUGCUAAGCUGUAAUUUUACUGUAUUAAUAUGUUUUGAUAUCAUGAUAAACAAGUUCACAUGACAUCUAGUUUGGUUUUACCACUUUCUACAAACACUGUAAUGGAUGCAUUAUAAUUAACCAAGUUACUUUUUUAUUUUAUCAUUCUAAAUUAUUUUGGAUUGAUAGUAAAUGAAGUUAAGAUUAGAAAUUUAACAGAUUUGUAUAGUUAAUUUUGAUAUUUUAUAUUUUGAACUAAAAUUAUUGUCAUUGUUAUUGAUGAUAUGAAUUGUAUAUUGAUUAUACAAAUCUGUGUAUAAUCAUGUUUUAACCACACCAGUAUAAAUUUGAUGUGAUAUUCACUGACGAAGUAUAAAGUAUUAUUACAAUUAAGACCAAAACAAAAUUCCGUUAAAUAUUUGUUAGGGUUUAAAUAAAAUUCUUUUUUUAUAUUUUUAAUAUAAUGUAUUAUGUUGCUAAUUAAUUUCAAUAUACAAUACAAAAACUGAUUCUCCUGUGUCCUAAAUUCAACAAAUCUUGAGGUUUCAUAAAAUUUAGAAAGAAUUUGUGAAAAUCAAACCAUAGAAGUUUUUCAAAAUACCUUGCAAAACAUUUCUUACAUGUGUCAAAAGCUGUGGUAUUUAUACUGUAUAGAAAUUGGGUUUAAGUUGUUUUAUUGUUUUAGAACUAAGAAAGAAUAUUUUUUUUUAAUUUCGGUAUGCCACCCAGUUGAUGGGCAAGAGUAUUGUUAUGGUCAUUUAUCAUUGUAGUGUGUUAUACUUCUGGUUCCAAUAUUUUGUUAUCAAUACUGAACUUUAGACAAAGAAUCCUGUUAAUAUUUAAUUUAGGUUUUCUUAUAAGAGAUAGAAGAGGAGGAAACAGCGUUUUGAACAUGAUUUCACCUAUACUUGAUAAAAAUAAUCCAAAUAUGCCACCUAGACUUGAAAUCCGUUGUGCAUGCUGUUUGCAAAAGAAUUUGAUUUUAUUUUCAUUUGUGAUUUUUAGAAAGUGGUAAUUAAUCAAACUCUUACAACAUAUUGUAGAUGUGAUAAAACCGUACAUUACAAUGAACAAUUUAUUUCAUAGCUUGGCUCUAAAAUUUUUUAUCAGAAAUCAGUUAGCCAAGCAAUUUGACAUAAUUAUAAAGACAUAAUAACAAUAUCACUAGUUACUGGAGACCAGAUUUGCAUUAUUCAAACGUUGUUUGAGUCUGGUCAAAAUUUCAUAAUUUAUUAAUGUUUUAAUAUUACAAAGCAUUUGUAAUCUAGGAUAUGUCUUUGAUCAUUCAUUAAAAUUGUAUUAGUAGUUUGUGUUGUUAAGUUUCUAUUUAAUAUUUCAUUAGUUAUACAGCCAAAAACUGUGAUUUGACAUAAUCUGUCAUGUUUAUCAUUUAUUCUUACUUUUGUAUUCCUUCCAUCGUAUAUGAGAAAGUAUUAGCAUUAAAAAGAAAAUAGUUUUUAGUGUGUUAUAAAAAUCAGAUUUUAGGUUCCAUCAUGGUUAGAGUCUUGUAAUUACUAAAUACGUAUGUGUGUGUCUGUUCAUCUGUGUGCAUUACUCGAGAGAAAAAAUUGUCUGAUUUUAAAAGAAAUGUUUUAAAAUAUGUUUUCAUCCAGACAACGAAUUAAAUUUUUGUUAUAUUUUAUCCCAAAAAUAUGUUUUUUUGUUAGAAGUUCAAAAUUUGCUCAGAGAAAUCCCUAAUGGUUUUACCACAUGUUUACCACCCUAAUCUGGACAAGAUAACUCUAAUUGGUACAAAGUACAUCUCCAGGAAGAUAAUUGUUCAACUCUUGGCACAUUAAACACAAUCUACCUGUAGUACAGCAAUCUUAUUUUAAAUUUAUGAUUAAUACACAUCCAAAUAUCUGAAUACGUUCUAGCUUUUAUUUAUAUUUUUAUUGGUUACUCAGAAAAACAUUCCCAAACUGUUUUUGUACUUUAUUGUUUAAAUAUUCAAGAAGUAUAUACUUUACAAAGAAACCUAAAAAGUAUGUGGAUACAUAUUAAUCAUACCUUUAAAAAUGAGCUAUCUGCCAUAAUCAUAAGACCAAAAAUAAGGGCAUAAAAGUGUUUUUAGUUUAACAUUAUUCUUAUGGGGUAAAAGUCAAGGUUGUUUCACUAAAUUAGGCACUAAAGUGUUUUCUACCUUUUAGUGAUAUUAUAUAAACCUAUUAACAAUUGAAUCUCCUUUCUUAUUGGUUUGUAAACAUGAAAAAAGUUUUAAAAAACAAGGCCUUGUUUAAAAUUAAUUUAAUAUUGUAAAUUUUAUAUGACUCACCAAAUUUAAUUGAUUUUACUUUCUUAGUUUAUAUGUAAAAAUACCUCUACAACCAUUCUGGAUAACUAAUAAUCCAUAGUAACAAAAGCAUAAGUAAACUCAUAAAACUGAAAAACUCUAAGUUUCAAGCCCAACAUGAAUGAGUUAUGUAAAUCAAGUGUAAAAACUGUACAUUUGUGGUUGGUUUCAUAGUUUUAUUGCUGUUGUUUGUACAAUGAUUUUGUAUAAAAAUGUUAUUGUAAAUUUGUUUAAUUGUGUUGCUCAUAUAAUAUGAGAAUGUACAUUGUAAAUUGUCUCCUAUGUAAAGUUAUUUCCACAAGUUAGUCAUUGUGCUUUUUAAUUUCUUUAGUAAUAAUGUUCUUUCAUUACAUUAUGUGAAUACAUUUAUGAUAAUAUUUAUAUAAAUACAUUAGAAAUACA